UGUUUCGCUAGCUGCUACAUGCUACAUGCUACAUGUAUGAAGAAUCACAUGACUGUGGAACGAUGCUCACAGUUUAUCACCUGAUGGUCCGAGGCUCGUCUUCUCCUCGUUGACUGCAGGUACAGCAUGGCGGAGCCUUUCCACCUGAACACACCGCUGCUGGAGAGUGUCAGCAUGUCCAGACGGGCGGGGACCGCUGUCUAUUUAAAGAUGGAGAACUCGCAGCCCUCUGGCUCCUUCAAGAUCCGCGGCAUCGGACACCUCUGUCAGCAGCUCGGCACACAGUCCAAAGGAGUUGUCUGUUCUUCAGGUGGUAACGCAGGUAUGGCCGCAGCCUACGUAGCAAGAAAAAUGGGUGUACCAGCCACCAUCGUGGUUCCCUCCUCUUCCCCUCAGACGGUCAUUCAGAAACUACAGGAUCAGGGGGCUGCAGUCCAGAUCGUAGGGAAGGUUUGGGAUGACGCUAACGCAGAAGCGCUCCGACUGACAGAAACUGAAGGACUCACUUACGUUCCUCCGUUCGAUCACCCCCUGCUUUGGCAGGGCCACGCCAGCGUGAUCUCAGAGGUCGCAGCUUCUCUGGGCCCCAGUGUGAAGCCUGGAGCUGUGGUGCUGUCUGUGGGCGGAGGAGGGCUCCUGUGUGGAGUCGUCCAGGGCCUGAAGGACGUAGGCUGGACGGAUGUACCGAUCGUCGCCAUGGAGACUGUGGGGGCGGACUGUUUCAAUGCCGCUGUUAAGGCAGGGAGGAGGGUCACUUUGGAUGACAUCACCAGCGAGGCCAAAUGUCUCGGGGCAAAGACGGUGUGCGAGCAAGCCUUUAAAUACAGCCAGUGCAGCGAGCUGAAGAUCAUCUCGGAGCUGGUGACAGACCAGCAGGCUCUGCACGCCGUGGAAACUUUCCUGAAUGAGGAGCGUGUUCUGGUGGAGAUGGCGUGUGGAGCAGCACUAGCAGCGGUCUACAGUGGACUCCUACACAGAUUACAGGAGGAAGGUCGCCUGCCGACCCCCCUGGGCCCCCUUCUGGUGAUUGUGUGUGGUGGCAGCAGCGUGGACAUGGAGCAGCUGACCAACCUCAAAAACAAACUAUGGACCUAAGCUACUGUACGUAACAGAUAAAACAUCAUUGAUUUGAUUUAGAUUAUUAUAUGUAGAUAGGUUUAUGAAAGGAUGGAUGGAGUAAAGAAUAACUCUGGGAAAUUAGAAUAAAAAAGAAGAAGAAGAAAUUAAUUGUUUAAUUUAGAAGCAAAGGUCCUGUUUGUAAUAUUGGUGACUUUUUGUAUAACACAAAAACUUUAACAUUAACAGUGUCCGAUCUAAGUUACAAAAAAAUAGAAAUCGUGAUUGACAGCCAAAUUCUGCACUUCUACACACUCACGUAAUUGUAUUCAAAUGCAACUUAUCGCCACAAGAUGGCGCCAUAGUCCACGCUUCAGAAUUACACAGACCGUCCACAGUCUGAGUCAGAUACAGAAAAGCUCAGUGGUUUCACAAUUUUUUUUAUAAGAUAUUUUUUGUUGAUGUAAUUCAAUCAUGAAUUAAUUCUACUUCGGUGCAGCUCUCACAGUGUCAGACAUAAUAAAACUGCUCUUAUAUUUCAUAUUAAUUAACAAAUAUUUGUGCGUUUGAGUCUUUCUGUGGUCUAUUUUCAAGGCAGUAAUAUAAAGUCAUAUACUAUAUUUUAAA